GGUCCUGUUGCAGGUCGUGUGGAGGGCAGCCAAGACUCCCUGGUUGACCUGUUGUCUCCGGACCCUGAGGUCACUACUGUGGUCCGUCUGUGUGUCCUCAACGCUACCAGCCUGCUGGAUGCGGAGACGCUGACUGUCAACCGGAGCGCCGUGGCCGCCGCCGUGAGGGAGGUCGUGUCCUCCCAGGCCCUGGGGGACGCCGUGGCCGCCGCCGUGGGGACGUGUCCAGAGCCCGUGGACUUCCACACUGAGGGCUUCAUGUCGUGCCUGGAGGCCGCGUGUAUCGUUAAUGCCCACAAGGCUCCGUUGGUCUCCCAGGCCCUCAGCGUCCUCGCCCCUGGCGCCAAGUUGUCGCCUCUGAACACACCACUGCCGCUCCCACUCCUCAGGCCUUGACCGCCUUAAUGACACUUGACAACCACAACAAAGUAGUGUCAAGUGGUCAUAGUGUCACCAUGACCACUUGACACUACCAUUAUUAUGGCCUUGACUGCUGGUUUGACAGUUUUUCCAUGAGAGAGUUGAAGACGUGACCUUCGUGUGGUGGUCUUGCCCUCCUGGUGGUCCCAUCACAGCAGGAGUCAGCCAACUUUCUAUGCACCAAACAAACUCAUUAUAGUAUCAACAACACUUUUUACCAAGGUACUCUAGUGCCAUUUGUAAUAUGCAAAAACUAUAAUAUGUUUUACGUUAAUAAAACCAUUGGUAUAUCUCAA